AUGACAUCCUCCUCGUCCUCUUCUCAACCCGCGCACCUCGACCCAGCCACCUACCCCCGCACCCACACCGAUCCAACCCAAAACAUCCACCUAACACUCACCUACGCGCCCCUCGACCCAACCAUCUACCUGAAUCAAACCUCCUCGCCGGCCGCAGGAGCAAAUGUUCUCUUCCUCGGAACAACGCGUGACACAUUCCAAGGCCGCGCCGUCUCGCAACUAAGCUACACCGCAUACCCAGCUCUCACAUUCAAAACCCUCACCGCCAUCGCGGAGAACGCCGUGGCCACGCACCAGCUGCUCGGCGUGAGUAUCGCGCACCGUCUGGGGAUCGUCCCGAUUGGGGAGGCGUCGAUUGUUAUUGCGGUCAGUUCGGGACAUCGCGCUGCGGCGUGGAGGGCCGGCGAGGAGGUGCUGGAGGCUUGUAAGGAGCGGGCGGAGAUCUGGAAGAGGGAGGAGUUUGAGGAUGGGGGGAUGGAGUGGAGGGCCAAUGCUGAUCGGGAUGCGGAGGGGAAUCUGGUGAAGUGA